AUAUAUUUGGAUUCACCUGCUGGCGUUGGUCUGUCUUACUCAAACGAUGAAUCUGAUUAUACUACUGGUGAUCUGAAGACUGCUUCUGAUUCACAUAAAUUCCUUCUUGAGUGGUUUAAGUUGUAYCCAGAGUUUCAGGCCAACCCCUUUUACAUUGCUGGAGAGUCCUAUGCAGGAGUGUAUGUGCCAACGCUUGUCAGUGAAGUUGUAAAAGGACUAGAAGCUGGUGUAAAGCCCACUCUGAACUUGAAGGGUUAUUUGGUAGGAAAUGGAGUUGCAGAUGAUGUGUUUGAUGGAAAUGCUCUUGUUCCAUUUGCACAUGGGAUGGGCCUGAUCUCUGAUGAGCUGUUUCAGCAAGUUGAAGAGGCCUGCAAAGGAAACUACUAUGAUCCCCAUGACAAUGCCUGUGAGAGCAAGCUUGACAAAGUUGAUGAGCUGGUUGAUGGCUUAAACAUAUACAAUAUUUUGGAACCAUGCUACCAUGCCCCCGACACGAUAAAGACCAUAAAUAUUAGGAUGCCGAGCAGCUUUCGAGAGCUCGGUGAGACCGAGAGGCCUCUCGCGGUGAGGAAGAGGAUGUUUGGACGUGCCUGGCCCCUUAGAGCUCCUGUGAGAGCUGGCAUUGUUCCAACUUGGCCACAACUCCUUGAAAGCGUGGAGGUUCCAUGCACUAGUGACGAGGUUGCAACAGCAUGGUUGAACAAUGAAGCUGUGAGGAAAGCAAUCCAUGCUGACAUGAGUUUGGCCGGUAACUGGGAGCUGUGCACUGAUAAAAUUAACUUCAACCAUGAUGCUGGGAGCAUGAUCCCAUACCACAAAAACCUUACCUUGAAAGGAUAUCCAGCUCUUAUUUACAGUGGCGAUCAUGAUAUGUGUGUUCCGUACACCGGGAGCGAAGCAUGGGUUCAUUCAAUCGGGUACAAGACCAUCGAUGAAUGGAGGCCUUGGCUAUCCAACGAUCAAGUUGUCGGGUAUGUACGAGGCUAUGAGAAUGGUCUCACUUUUCUAACCGUUAAGGGAUCCGGACAUACCGUACCUGAGUACAAACCACGUGAAGCUUUGGAUUUCUACCGUCGAUUUUUAGCUGGAAAACCAAUAUGAAAAUAGAUAGACUUGUAAUCGAACUCUUGCAAAUCUACUAAGUUGGGAAAAGAUAAAUAAUGGUAAGAACAAAUUGUUCUUAGUAUUUUACAUCUAUCUAUCGUCGAGAUUAUUAAAUUACUAUCGA